AUGGCGUUCACCAACACCGAGGUCCGCGCCGUGCUUGCCUGGCCCCCCGCGGCCGCGUUCGGGGUCGAGUCGCUCGAGAAACGCGCGGCGCGGGUUCAGCACGUGGCCUCGGUGGACGAGCAGCCGAUGGACAGGCACGAGCUGCUCUACUACGCCAGCACGGCCCGCGUGCUCGACGAGGUCCUGACCAAAGCCCGGCAGUCCGCGCCCGCGAGCGCUUCGGGCUCCAGCAGCCAGGCCGACCAGACGGCGCGGGCCAUCGCCAAGUGGGCGGAGGUCCAAAACGCGAAGGCCGAGAAGGAGGCCAAGCGCGGCACCGUGAGCUUCAACUUGGAGGACCGGGUUGUCGAGGUUGGGUUGCCGGGCCUCCAGAAGCUGUCGCCGGAGUUGCUUCCGACCGAGGAAUCUCUAUUGCGGAUGGAGCACCUUGCCUCGGCCAUGGCCGCGAAGGACAAGGGCCGCAAGUGGGUCGGGCCCUCCGAGGGCGAGGAUAUGAUCGUCAACUUCGCCCAGGAGCACACCGGGCUCCUGGGUUUUGCAAAGUUUUUGGGCCACCUGCACGACUGGGGCCUAGAGAUGGCGUCGUCGAAGGUGAUCACCCCGGUUCAGUUCUGGGCCUACGAGCCCAACUUGGUCAGGCAAUCCGAGGAGCAGGGCGGCGGCCGCGUCGUGCUCUACGACGACAUGUUUUUGCGUCAGAAACUCGCCCGUGUUUUGGAGCUCGGCCAGAACGACCAGAUCGAGGCGCUCUUGUGCAAGCUUGACAGGGACAUGCUGCAGGACGCCAAGUUCCAGGUUUCGCGGCGCGCGGAGGAGGCCUGCCGGGCGACCGCGAAGCAGCCCGCCGCUGCCGGCGGCAAGGCCGGGGCGCCCAAGGGCGACAAGCACGGCGUCAAGGGCGGCGGCGCCAAGACCGCUCCUGCCCCGGCGUCGCCUGUGCAGCGGCGCUCCAGGAGCCUGGCGGCGGGCAAGAAGCCGAAGGGCAAGGGCGCCGGGGGCAAGCAGCACGAGCAGAA